AUGUCGCUGAAGAGGGGCGAGGGCCGGUCUCUGUCUCUGACGCUGCGUCGCGCAUCGGCACAGUCAGCCAGCACAUCCGGCUACAGCAGGCAUCAGAAGAAAUUUCCCAAUGGUGACACUUACACUGGCGGCUGGCGCAACGGUCUUCCUGAAGGAGAGGGGCGCUAUUGCUGGGCCGAUGCGAGCACCUACAAGGGAGGCUGGAAGAAUGGAUCAAAACAUGGCCUUGGCACUUAUACAUGGCCCAAUGGCGCCUCCUACAAAGGAGAAUGGCAGAAUGGGUGCAUGCAUGGGGUCGGCUCCUUCAAGUCACCGGAUGGAACUUGCUAUGAGGGCGGCUGGGCGCAGGAUCUGAAACAGGGAUUGGGGAAGAAAGUGUAUGCAAAUGGUGACAUCUAUGAGGGACUGUGGAAGGCCGGCAAGUGCGAAGGCCCUGGCAGAUACAGAUGGAAGAAUAGGAAUGAGUAUGAUGGAGAAUGGAAGGCUGGACGGAUGCAUGGGAAGGGCACUCUCAAAUGGAACACAGGUGACCGGUACGAUGGGGAGUUUAAAAAUGGGCAGGAAGAUGGAAUAGGCAUCUUCACUUGGGCAGAUGGUUCUACCUACAAUGGGUUCUGGAGAGAAGGCUGCAAAGAGGGUGUGGGCGUGUACCGGCCUGCCCCAACAGAGAACAAAAGGGCAACAACACCCCUGGAACGCCAUACAACGCAGCCUGCAGAUCUGCCGCGCUGGCGAAGGAGAGCGCCGAGGUGGAGGAGGUGGAGGGAGAAGGGGAUGCCCCAUCACCGCGGGGCGGCCACACGUCGGAUGCAUCAGGUCAGCCCCUGUUGCGGACGGCUUGGCCUCACAGGGAUGCAUCUGGUCCAACCCAUCGAGGUGCCUGGGAGGGCAGCCGGGCGGGGUGACCGGGCAGAGCGGGUAUUUGUGCGGGAGUACGAGGCGGGGCGGCUGGUGCGCGAGGACCCCAUCGCACCCGAGGAGCUGGAAGCCGUGUUUGGCCCCUUCAGACGGCGCGCAGACCGAGCCGAGCGGCGCCAGCGGCGCAGGAGGCGGGUUGCAAAUAAGCUAGGGGAGACCAUAUACAAGGGCCACCGCAGCUACGACCUCAUGCUGAACCUGCAGCUGGGCAUCCGGCACAGCUCGCAGCAGGUCGCCAAGGAGCCGCCCCUGAAGCAGCUGUCUGAGGAGCACUUUCAGCAGAAGUUGAAGCAGUUCUUCCCUCGGGAUGGCAGCAAGGCGACCCCGCCACACCCAUCGACAGACUUCCGGUGGAAGGACUACUGUCCCAUGGCCUUCCGGCAGCUUCGAGAGGUGUUCAACAUCGAGGCCGCCGAGUACAUGAAGUCUAUCUGCGGUGACCAGGCAUUGAGAGAGCUGGCUUCGCCGGGCAAAUCUGGCAGCGUCUUCUUUGUGUCGCAUGAUGACAAGUACAUGAUCAAAACCAUGCGCAAGGGUGAGGUGAAGCUGCUGCUGGAGCUUCUGCCCAAAUAUGCGGCACAUGUGGAGAAGCACCCCCACACCCUCCUGGUCAAAUUCUUUGGCCUCUACAGGGUCACGCCGGAGAAUGGCUCGAAGGUGCGGUUCAUCGUCAUGAACAAUGUGUUUCAGAACGCGCUGCCCAUCGCCAAGCAGUACGAUCUGAAGGGCAGCACGCAAGGGCGUACCUCCGCCACAGACGCUCCCCGGCCCGCCACCAUCCUCAAGGACCUUGACCUGGACAUCAAAGUGAAGCUGGAGGAGGGCUGGCACGACAGGCUGAUGGACCAGCUGGCAGCGGACUGCGCACUGCUGGAGGAGCUGCGCGUGAUGGACUACUCCCUGCUCCUGGGCGUGCACUACCGCUCCACCGGCUGGGCCUCCUCCCCGCCCGCCACCGACAAGGAGGAUGAGGGUGAUGAUGACGGUGAUACGCCGCACGCGCCAAUGAACGGUGGCGUGCUCGCCGUGCUGCCGCAGCGCAGCGCGCAAUCCACCACGGACGGCCCCGAGUCCCCGCAGCAGGCGUCGCCGCUGCGCGCCGCCGGGGCUACAGACGAGAUCAGCCACAGCAUGGGGCAGCAGCGCACGCAGCUGGGCAUGAACGUGGUCGGGACCGCCUUGCCGGCUGACGCAGAUUCCAACGCGACGCCCGAAGAUGUCGUCCUCUACUUUGGCAUCAUCGACAUCCUGCAGGAGUACAACAUGACCAAGCGGCUGGAGCAUGGCUACAAGUCCAUAUUCAACAAUGGCCGCACUAUCUCUGCGGUAGACCCAAAGCACUAUUCCCGGCGCUUCCAGGAUUUCCUGAAGAAGGUGUUUGUGUAA